GGAAAUUUCCCGAACUAAACGUAGAGUUGCAUCCCAAAAUCUCGCAUAAACAGAAAUUGUGGAAUGCUGCUCCUUUGUGCUAUAUGAAUAAGUUUUGUAAUUUCACCAUUAUUGGUAAUCAUACAACGAAUGAGCUCUUCAAUAAAAUUAUUUUAGUGUGUAUAUGAAAUACUGACAAUUGAACGCCGUCUGUCAUUGUCACUGUAUCGCGCGCGUGUUUUCCUGUUCUCCAAAAAUCUCAGAAAAUGCUUGAAAUCGACGGGAGUGUGCUGGAAGGCGGCGGUCAGAUCCUCAGGAUCGCCGUGGCACUGAGUUGCCUGUGUCGCAUCCCCAUCAAAGUGGUGAAAAUCCGAGCGGGACGGUCAAAACCCGGCCUGGCGGCGCAACACUUGCAGUGCAUUGAGAUUUGUCGCUCCCUAUGCAAGGGGCGCGUCUAUGGGGCGUCAAUUGGAUCCACGGAAGUGGAGUUCCAUCCGCAAUCCAUCAUUGGCGGCCGUCACAGCGCUGAUACGAAGACGGCGGGAAGCAUAGCUCUGCUCGUGCAGGCGUCGCUGCCGGUGGCGUUGUUCAGCUCGUCGCCUGUAGAGCUGAGCCUCCGUGGGGGCACCAAUGCAGAGAUGGCUCCACAGAUAGACUAUGUGACGGAGGUGGUGAGGCCCAACUUUGAGAAAUUUGGCGCCUCCUUUGAGUACGAGCUGCUGAGAAGAGGAUAUUUUCCCCGGGGCGGAGGUCAUUGCGUCUUCAGCGUGCGUCCGGUGGAGAAGCUGAAGCCCGUGAUCAAUGUGGAGCUGGGUCACGUGUCCAAGGCGUACGGAUGGAGUUUCGUGGCUGGCACGCUUCCGCUGCAGCUGGCCGAGCAGAUGGCCGACGGGGCGCGGAGGGCGAUGGUGAAGAUCAAUCUGGAAGUGGAGGAGUACAAGGAAUCCGCCUCCAUGGCGCCGGACAACUGUUCGGGCGUGGUUCUGUGCUGUCAGACAUCGACAGGAUGUCUCUUGGGUGGCUCAGCGCUGGGCAACAGGAAGGAGGAGCCGGCAGAGACUGGUCGACGGGCUGCGCGCGAGGUCAAAGAGGCGCUGAAUCUCGGCGUUUGCGUGGAUCAGCACAUGCAGGACCAGAUAAUCAUCCUGAUGGCUCUGGCGGACGGCGAGAGCCGCGUCCGGACGGGGCCGAUCACUCUCCACACCCGCACGGCCAUCCAUGUGGCGGAACUCAUGACAAAGGCCAUUUUCACGCUCAUCCCUGAAGGCGACACCACGAUCAUUCAGUGUCAGGGAAUCGGGCUGAAGAAUUCGCACUCUCUCAUGUAAUUCAGAAUUUAAAAUUGUAUUUCAUAUUUCAUCAGUAAUUUGUUUCAUCAUAGAUGUAAGUAAAUUCAGUGAAUAUAAUUCAAAGUGAGUAAAGA